CUACAACUAACCACCUCCUUGCCUUGGUCUCCUUCCGUGCUUCACCGUCACUCUUCUUUCCUUUGAUUCUUUUUUUUUAUACCCAAGUUCCCCAGCUACGAAUACUUAUAUCAUAUAUCACUCCACUCCCUUCACUCCAUCCAUCCACCCACCUUUCAGAAGUACCCAUCCUCCAACUCUUGUUGUCGCCCAUUAUCAACCAAACCCUUGACAACGAACAUCAAAACAAAUUUCAACACCAACACCACCCCCAAAACAAAAAUGGGCAGCAUCACCCUCACCCACCAACUCCCCCCAGCCCCAGACCAUCCAAACCAACCUGCACCUCCCUACUACUGGCACCUCAACGCCCCUCCCUCCCAUCCAUCGCGCACCUCUCCAGUCUGCCCUCCCUUUCUCCUCCUUAAGGGCAACAACAACAACAACAACCCCGGUCUCUCACCCAAAGACUUCACCACAAUCAUCACCCCCAACCAUUUAUUUGAACGCGACACCUGGCCCCAAGUCCGUCGUCGCGUGCAGCAAAACAAGCUGGCCGAGUUCCAGCGGACGCCAGCGGACAUGUGGCGCUACCUGGAAUUUUGCUGGAAGAUUGGUCAAAAAUAUCCACAAGGCGGGGGAAUCAAAGAGUUUAUUUUGAAGGAGCGGUUGAAGUGGGGGUCUGGGGAUGGGGAGGUGGUGCCGAGGGGAUCGAGGUUUGGGGAUACCCAGGAAGAGGAAAAUGGGGACGUCAAGAUUCUAUGGAACGAUUGGCCUUAUGGGGUUGAUGAAAAGAUUGUUCACUUGGUGGUGUGGACUAAAUUCCAGCUGGAGGAUGAUCCGCAGACGGGGGAUUUGACGGAUGAAGCGAGGGCGGAGAUUGAUGAGUUUGUGAAGAGGAAGUUUCAAGUUGGGGGGAGGAUGCCGGGGGAACAUAUCAUCUGGUUCAAGAACUGGGCACACAUCAAGUCGGUGAAAGCCGUCGAACACUUCCACGUCAUGCUAUUUGAUCCUGACCCCGAGUUUGUGAGGGAGAUCACAAAGGGCGAUGUCCCUCUUGGUAUCAUACAUACAGACGAACUAACAACGAACGAAAACCGCCCGGGCACCUUUUCAACAACCGAACAAACCAGCUAAAAAUCCGAGGACUUUGAAAUCACACACACACACGACUGCUGUCAUGGGAAAGUUGCCAAGACCUAGCUCGCGGCUGGCCUUCCGGGCGCGGGAAACCCG